AUGAGAGGGGAGAGAGAUCCUUUAAAAAGUCAGAAAUUCAAGGAGAAAGAAUGGUCGUUUCCCCCUAGUCCAGUCUGUGGGGAGAGAGAUCCUUUAAAAAGUCAGAAAUUCAAGGAGAAAGAAUGGUCGUUUCCCCCUAGUCCAGUCUGUGGGGAGAGAGAUCCUUUAAAAAGUCAGAAAUUCAAGGAGAAAGAAUGGUCGUUUCCCCCUAGUCCAGUCUGUGGGGAGAGAGAUCCUUUAAAAAGUCAGAAAUUCAAGGAGAAAGAAUGGUCGUUUCCCCCUAGUCCAGUCUGUGGGGAGAGAGAUCCUUUAAAAAGUCAGAAAUUCAAGGAGAAAGAAUGGUCGUUUCCCCCUAGUCCAGUCUGUGGGGAGAGAGAUCCUUUAAAAAGUCAGAAAUUCAAGGAGAAAGAAUGGUCGUUUCCCCCUAGUCCAGUCUGUGGGGAGAGAGAUCCUUUAAAAAGUCAGAAAUUCAAGGAGAAAGAAUGGUCGUUUCCCCCUAGUCCAGUCUGUGGGGAGAGAGAUCCUUUAAAAAGUCAGAAAUUCAAGGAGAAAGAAUGGUCGUUUCCCCCUAGUCCAGUCUGUGGGGAGAGAGAUCCUUUAAAAAGUCAGAAAUUCAAGGAGAAAGAAUGGUCGUUUCCCCCUAGUCCAGUCUGUGGGGAGAGAGAUCCUUUAAAAAGUCAGAAAUUCAAGGAGAAAGAAUGGUCGUUUCCCCCUAGUCCAGUCUGUGGGGAGAGAGAUCCUUUAAAAAGUCAGAAAUUCAAGGAGAAAGAAUGGUCGUUUCCCCCUAGUCCAGUCUGUGGGGAGAGAGAUCCUUUAAAAAGUCAGAAAUUCAAGGAGAAAGAAUGGUCGUUUCCCCCUAGUCCAGUCUGUGGGGAGAGAGAUCCUUUAAAAAGUCAGAAAUUCAAGGAGAAAGAAUGGUCGUUUCCCCCUAGUCCAGUCUGUGGGGAGAGAGAUCCUUUAAAAAGUCAGAAAUUCAAGGAGAAAGAAUGGUCGUUUCCCCCUAGUCCAGUCUGUGGGGAGAGAGAUCCUUUAAAAAGUCAGAAAUUCAAGGAGAAAGAAUGGUCGUUUCCCCCUAGUCCAGUCUGUGGGGAGAGAGAUCCUUUAAAAAGUCAGAAAUUCAAGGAGAAAGAAUGGUCGUUUCCCCCUAGUCCAGUCUGUGGGGAGAGAGAUCCUUUAAAAAGUCAGAAAUUCAAGGAGAAAGAAUGGUCGUUUCCCCCUAGUCCAGUCUGUGGGGAGAGAGAUCCUUUAAAAAGUCAGAAAUUCAAGGAGAAAGAAUGGUCGUUUCCCCCUAGUCCAGUCUGUGGGGAGAGAGAUCCUUUAAAAAGUCAGAAAUUCAAGGAGAAAGAAUGGUCGUUUCCCCCUAGUCCAGUCUGUGGGGAGAGAGAUCCUUUAAAAAGUCAGAAAUUCAAGGAGAAAGAAUGGUCGUUUCCCCCUAGUCCAGUCUGUGGGGAGAGAGAUCCUUUAAAAAGUCAGAAAUUCAAGGAGAAAGAAUGGUCGUUUCCCCCUAGUCCAGUCUGUGGGGAGAGAGAUCCUUUAAAAAGUCAGAAAUUCAAGGAGAAAGAAUGGAACAUUUGGGAGGGAGAAGAAUCUCCCUCUCCAACUUUACCACGAAGAGGACCAAGUGGCCAUUUAUCGUACAAGUGA